CUCGAUGUCCGCCGCCAUCAUUGUUAGUGGCAUUGAAGCCUCUGUUAGGGCGAACCACUAGCGGAGCUUCGUAAAGUGUCAGUCGGGGUCUCAGCGAGUGGUCUUCGGGCAGAAGUCAUGGUUCAGACGUGCUCAGCGUAUGGAUGUAAGAACCGCUACCACAAAGACAAAGACAUCUCCUUCCACAAGUUUCCUCUAGCACGCCCAGAUGUUUGUGGUAAAUGGGUGGCAGCAAUGAGAAGGAACAACUUCAAGCCGACAAAGUACAGCAACAUCUGCUCGCAGCACUUCACCAAAGACUGUUUUAAGAGGGAGUGCAACAACCGAGUGCUGAAGGAGAACGCCGUGCCGUCACUUUUCACCUUCAGCCUCAGCAUCAAGUCGGAGUCCCUGGAGCAUCCCUUCCCCUCAGAGAUCCACUUCCCACUCUCUCUGCCUCUGACCUCUGAUCCAGUGGUGGAGGUAGAGGAGGAGCCAGAGCCUGGGAGGGGCCUGCCUGACGCCCGCAGUGACACGGUGGCAGUCUCCUGUGACCACAACUAUACAGCGGAGGACUCUGCAUGGCAGAAGAAGCGAAUAGAGCAGCUGGAGGAGCAGCUGGAGCGUCUGAGGAAGAAGCUGAAGACGACGCAGCAGAGGUGUCGGCGGCAGGAGAGGCAGCUCAAGAGGCUGAAGGCUGCCUGUGAGGUGCCCAGGGCCGGUCGUGAGCAACCUGCAGCAUUCGGCGAGGGAUAUGUGAUUUUACCCAAACAAAUCUACCACACACUCAAAGGUAUCGAGUGAUGAGGAGGAGAGGAAGGAGAAAACUCUUGUGGUCAAACUGACCAGCAAAUUACAUUCUGCUACAGGUUUCCAUUUUAUAUUGGUCAGCAGCAGCCAGGCAGAUUGUUGCUGCUGACCAAGGCAGCAACUCCAGAGCUGAGAGCUGUAGGACUCGUUUGGGAUGUGGAAAACUUCAGUGUGUUUGGUGGAUACCACAAACGCCUUACAUAUCAAUUUUUUAAAUUUCUUUGUGUUCUCUGAUUAGGCUGCAGUGAAAAUGACUUAAAGUGAACCCACAUUAAAUGAAAACAUUUUGGGUUUGGCUUUAGAGAGAGUUGAGUGCUGAAACUAUUUCUUGACUAGCUGCGUGCAGUGACUGAGAUGCUGCACAGUAGUGCUGGGCAGAUGGAUUAACUGUUGUUGGUGAAGGCAACAUUCCAGCAUGUGACUCCCCCAUGGAACUACAAACUCCUGUUUUUGCAUUAGUGUUUGUUUAAGGAUUGAACAAAUACAGAGAUACAGCAUAUUAAUUAGUGAGCUUUAGCAGUGCUGGGAAAUGAACUUUUCAUUUCAGACAGAGCUAUGCUAGUUGUUUACACCUGCUUCCAGUCUUUAUGCAAUGCUAGGCUCACCACAUCCUGACUUCUGCUUUCUACUUAACACACAGACAUGAGAUCAAUAUGAAAUUAAUCCUCAUAUAACUCUGAGAGAGAAAGCAAGGUAAUAUUUUAGAAAAUGUCAAACUAUUCCUGGUGUGUUUGGGGAUGCAGUUGGACACUAUAACAAAAAACACAUAUGUCUUAAACCUCUGUCUAAUUUGUGUUGUUUGUCUUUCAUAAACAGAAAAUAGGUCUCAAAACAAUCAGACCCAAGGUCCAGUGUGUGUGUGUGUGUGUGUGCUUGCUUGCUUAUACAUGCAGAAUCACUGAACAGCUGCUUGUGUGCAAUAAAUUUGAAACACAUUGAAGCCAUAUCAGCCCCUCUGUCUGCUCCUCUCACUGAGAUUACACACUGCAGUGUCUUGCUCUUUUCCAGCUGCAGAGUACACACUGGCUGCAGCCUCCAGUCAGUCUGCAGUGUCAUUACACUGGAAAGGUUAAAAAAAAAAAAAAAAUCAAGUAUACUCCAGAAAGUCAGGCUGAAUUAUUGCAUGAGCAGACUCGUGGACCUCAACUGGCACAUUUCUGGGGAGUCCACGAGUUCUGAUUACUGUCCAAACCCACACUGUAGCAAGUCAGUAUGGGGCUCAAAUGAACUUCCAGAAAAAUUAAUGCAACAAUGUAAAAAAAAAACAAACUAUAUUUUCUUUUGAAGACAUUUGCUUUUUCAUUUUUGUAUAGGUUUAUUGAUGUAGUAAAUCUCAUAUUGUGCAUAUAGGAUAUGUAUGUAUAUGUAUUCAGGCUGAAUUAGAAUUUGUUAUAAUCUACUUGUUAUUUUUUGUCAUAUGUUUUAUGCCUGCUGCAUAUCACGCAGCAGACCUGUGCAAAUCCUGCAUAAAUUGCAAAUAUCUGUAUCACAA